AGGAUGGGGGCGGGAGGAACCGCGGGCCGGUGAGGAGCUGCCGCCGCCGUCUCCGCUGUCGCUGGGGCCGUCGCCUCCCGUCCCAUCCCGACAUCCUGCCCCCGAGGGAGCUGACGCCGGCGGCGGGGGACGGUCCGGCCCUGCAGCGGCCCGGCGCGGCGGGCGGCUCUGACAGCCCGGCCCGACCCGCCGCCCGCGCUCGGCGCCCGCAGCCACGAUGCACCGCGGCGGCGGCAGCCCGUCGGCCGCCGCCAACUACCUGCUCUGCACCAACUGCCGGAAAGUGCUGCGGAAGGAUAAAAGAAUCAGAGUAUCUCAACCCUUGACAAGAGGACCAAGUGCCUUUAUUCCAGAGAAGGAAGUUUUCCAGACAGACACCGUGGAUGAACGAACAAACUUCCUUGUAGAAGAGUACUCCACAUCGGGGCGCCUGGACAACAUCACACAGGUCAUGAGCUUGCACACCCCGUACCUGGAGUCUUUCCUGCGGAGCCAGUUUUACAUGUUGCGUAUGGACGGGCCCCUCCCCCUCCCACACAGGCACUACAUCGCAGUGAUGGCUGCAGCUAGACAUCAGUGUUCUUACUUAAUAAACAUGCACGUGGAUGAAUUUCUAAAGACUGGAGGUAUUGCUGAGUGGUUGAAUGGUUUGGAAUAUGUACCACAAAGACUGAAAAACCUUAAUGAAAUAAAUAAGCUCCUAGCACACCGACCCUGGCUGAUCACAAAAGAACACAUUCAGAAACUUGUGAAGACUGGAGAGAAUAACUGGUCUCUGCCUGAGCUAGUGCAUGCUGUGGUCCUCCUGACACACUACCACGCUCUGGCAAGCUUUGUUUUUGGUAGUGGCAUCAACCCCGAGCGAGAUCCAGAGAUAUCCAAUGGAUUCAGGCUGGUCCCAGUCAACAGCUUCUGUGUGUGCGAUCUUGCUAAUGACAACAACAUAGAAAACGCAUCCCUGACAGGCGGCAGUUUUGGGAUUGUGGAUUCUCUAAGUGAGCUAGAAGCCUUGAUGGGAAGAAUGAAAAGGCUUCAGGAAGAAAGGGAAGAUGAAGAGGCAUCUCAGGAAGAAAUGACCACUCGCUUUGAGAAGGAAAAGAAAGAAAGCCUCUUUGUGGUCUCUGGAGACACUUUCCAUUCAUUUCCUCAUUCAGAUUAUGAGGACGACAGGAUUAUCACAGCUGAUGUCUCUCGAUAUAUCGAAGACCCUGGUUUUGGGUAUGAAGACUUUGCUAGACGAGGAGAAGAGCACUUGCCAACGUUCCGAGCUCAGGACUAUACCUGGGAAAACCAUGGGUUCUCCCUGGUGAACAGACUUUACUCUGACAUCGGCCAUCUCCUUGACGAGAAGUUUCGGAUGGUCUACAGUCUCACCUACAACACGAUGGCCACCCACGAGGGUGUGGACACCACCACGCUGCGCAGGGCCUUGUUCAACUACGUCCACUGUAUGUUUGGAAUCAGGUAUGAUGACUACGAUUAUGGAGAAGUUAACCAGUUACUUGAACGGAGCCUGAAGGUUUACAUCAAGACGGUGACCUGCUACCCUGAGAGAACCACGAAGCGCAUGUAUGACAGUUACUGGCGGCAGUUCAAGCACUCAGAAAAGGUUCAUGUGAAUCUGCUCCUGAUGGAAGCACGGAUGCAGGCUGAGCUUCUUUACGCACUCCGCGCCAUAACACGGCAUCUGACCUGAGCAUGGCCCAGGGGUGCCAUGUGUGUAAAGAUCCUUCACAUACAUAACAUCAAAAACUAUUCAAUCUCUAGUGUCAAAGUUUAGCCAGUUUUUGUUUUGUUAUUUGUUUGGAUUUUUUUUUUUUGGCGGCUGUAAUGUGCAAUGAUGUGUUUUAUUUUUCUGAAUGCUUAACAUUACUAACCAUUGCAAAAAUGAUAUUGAGGAGCACUACUCUGCAUUGUUUGUAGUUGGACUUUUGGAUCUGAUCAUAAAUCAUGAAGCUGGUUGUUAAUGCUUAAUUUCAGUGCUUUGGGGAUUGUAUGUAUGUUUUUUUUUUUAAAAACUUUUUUUAAUAAGAAAAGUGCUUACAAUCUGCUCAAGUAUUGUUUUUCAGAUAUUGCAAUUCAGCAAAGAGUGACUUCCCCUGGCCAUUCUAAAAUGUUCAUGCUGUAUCCAAACCUGGGAAGGAGAAGCAUGCACUGGUGAACUGAGCUGCUCUCUGGACACAAGUCUGUGUCCCAGGAGAUUUGUCAGGCACUGUUUUGUUUUAUUUUUUCAUGUCUGUUUUUGUUUUUAUUGCUAUUGGUGAUAACAUGAGAUGUGAUACAGUCAUUGUCCAUAAUUUAAUGUGAAAUUAAUCAUGAUGAGUUCUGUAGCAUGCUACUGAAGUGCCAAAUUCAGCUAUUUCUCUUGUAAGACAGGAGUUUGUUUUCCGUAUCAGAUGUAUAUAUGAAAAGUGGAAUUGUACACAGUCCUUUCUGUCACUGACAGUAAUUCUCAGUCACCUUAAGUAGUCAGUGCCACAGUGCUACUCAGAGUCCAUUCAGCUAGCACAUACAAGCCUGUGUCCACAAAAGACUGACCAAAAGUUUUCUUUGCACGUUUUUCUUUUCUCAUCACUUUUUUCUGUGUUGCAGUAAGCAAAGGAAGGUUAAUAAGCCUGUACUUUUUUCCUGUUGGACUUUUGGAGUUUAUUUUCCAUGAUUCUCUCCUUACAUAGGUUAAACAAUUUAUUAUUCAAUGGUAAAAAUUGUGUUUCUAUGCAUUAAUGUGAUUGAACAACAAAAAGAGAGUGCAAUAUGUUCAAAAUAUACUCAACUAACAUUUCCCCAUCAUGUCACUGCAGAAGUGUCCUUUUAAUCAGAGCCAUAAAGAAAUUUUCUUCAAAUUUCUUUAUUGCACUAGCCUAUUUCAGUUUUACCUCACUGGGGUGGAGCAAUGGUCUCUUCAUACUGCCAAAGCAUUCCCUUCCCCAGAAAAGUCUCUUUGGACAGCUGGUGUGAAACAAUAUCAAGGCAUAGGGGAGGAAUAAGUGGCCCAAAAGCCACACUUUUGCAUUGACUCAUGUUGCGUGGUUAGACUAUCUGCAGAGAGCACCACAGUAUGUGUUCAUAGCUUUACUUUGCAUUGUGUUCAUGAACCAGCGAAGUGCCUGAAGAGACGCUACAGCUAUCCAGCAGGACUCAGCUGCACUGCUUAGCACUUGGGUCAACUAAGGGUGACUCCAAUUGUGUGCUAAUUUUCAAAAACACCCAAUCCUCAGAGUAAAUAAUAUAGUUACAAUUUUCCACUGUAUUUCCUUCAACAAUUUCAUUUUAGACUUAUUUGUUAUAUAGGACAUACUUUUUCUCUUUUGAAAGAAUCAUGGGCUAGUGUAUUGUUAUAUCAUUUCCCUUCCAUUCAUCAUCCUUUCCCGGUACAAUACAUUUUUCUUUCUUUUAGAUCUCGUUCCAGAUGGAACAACAGAGAUGACUGUAAACCUGUUAACAUAAGGUAGUGCUGCACUUUGGAUUCCAGGAUCUUGUUUGAAAUCUUCCAUAUGCGGAAAAAAAUUACUAAUAUUUUUUAAGACAGGGUGGUUUCCUUAGCGAUUACUCAAAGAUCUGCCAGGUCUCUUUUGUUUUGUUUAUUGCAUAUGUGGUAUGCUGGUUAUUUUCAUUAUAACAUUAUAAAGCUAUGUGUUAACUGCAAGGAAAGUAUUUAGGGGAACAGCAAAACACAAAUGGCAGCAUAAGGCCCGUUUGAUUUCCUGACUUGAAGUUGAGCUUUUAUUCUUGCUGUUUUCAUUAACAUCUUUUCAGCCAAUAGACCUAUGUAUUUGUUCAGGUGAACUGUAUUACAGGGUGAAAAGGUUGUUAGUACUGGAUAGGAGGAGCACCAUAUGAGCUUUAGAACAAAAGGACAAGCAAGGGUUAAGGAACUAAAGCGGCCACUUACUUUUGUUUUUAAUUUUUCCCCCAGAAGUAUAAGUAGUUUGAGAGUUUGGGUUGUGGAAGGAAGUAUUAGUGCCUUUAAUAGAUACCUUUCCUAGCAAAGUUCUGUUUAGCUCAACAUUGGUUUAACUCAUCAAUAAUCAGGAAAAUAAGUUGACUUGGAACUGUAAACAGGAACGAAGCAAUGUCCUUGUGAACCUCCGUGAGCAGUCUAGGGACCUGAUGGUGCGAGCACCCUGCUGCAGUGUGCCCAGCAUCCCAGCUCACAGCCCCUACAAUGAGUUGCUGUCAACUCUUCGUACCCAUCAUAAAACUUGAAAUUCUGAUGCGGUUGUCCAGGGUGGUGUUUCUUCAAAGUAUUGAAUUUACUACGUAGUCGUUUAUAGUGUAGCUUUUUAUAUUGAAAUGUGCUAUUUUUAAAAGAGAUGCCUGGUUCAAUUGGUAUAAUGAUAUGAUACCUGAUAUGCUAAUCUGUACAUGAGGCUCACAUUGUGCCAAACUUAAAUGUGCAAGUGUUCGUGAAAAAAGCACAUGUGAAUGUGAAUUAACUCCUUGCCUAUUAUGUCAAAAUUAGUCUAACAAUCCCUGAUGUAUAUGCUUGAAUAAUGUCCAUUUGUUUUGGAAUUUCAACUUUACCAGCUUCUGUAGUAAUUCUUUAUUUCUCAAAUCACCUUAGGAAAUAUCAAGGGAGCAAGGCAUGGUGGUGCGUGUCUGUAAUCUCAGCACUUGGGAGGCUGAGGCAGGUAGAUUGCAAGUUCAAGGCCAGCCUAGACUAUGUAGUAAGACCCUGUCACAAAAUUAAAAACAAACAGCAGCAACAAAAAAAACAGAACUCUGGAGCUACCUCCCAUGUCAGGCUGGUCCUUCAGGUCAGGCUUCCUCAGCAGAUGCUGAUAGCUAGGCAGGAGGCCUGAAAGGGCCGCUUCACCAGUGUUUCUGAGCCAAACACACAGUCUGGGUCUGAGGAGAGUUUGUCCCACUGAUGCUUGUCAGAUAGAGAUGGCUAUCAUGGAUCUGGGGCAUGACCUUGGCUGUUAAGUAUGGUUUUAAACCCAAAUAGUGACAGAGCAACCUAGGGCUAUUCUUAAACAGAAAAGUCAAUGUAAGGGUUCUAUAAAAAUCAUAAAAUCUGAACUGGAGCCCUUAUUUUAUUUGUGAUAGUGUCUCCUGAAAUUUUUGAGCACUUUUAAAGUCUAAUUACUAUUAUUCCAGAGCAACUUUUUCGUUUUCCACUUUAUAAAAACUUGUUAAUCCAAAGGCUUAGAUUUUUAUGCCAUAGCAAAAAUAAACUUCUUAGUAAAUAAUCAGAGUAGUUCACCACUACAAGUGCAUGCCUAUGUGAGGACAAGACUCUUAAACUCUAAGGACAAUUUUAAGGGGAGAAAUUCCAGUGCAUGUUAGGACAAUAGUUUGCACUGUGACAGUAAAAUGAGGUCUUUUUUUUUGUUUCAUGUUGCGUUUUGAAAACAGUUCUAAAUCAUUUCUCUGGAAAGCAGCACUGUAAGUUCUUCUCUUUAUCUAAUAGGUCUUUCUCAUCUUCUAUGAACAGGAAGGUCUUGCCUAGAGAAAAAAGUGUGCAACAGUAAUAGCUAUGUAAAUAGAAUCUGAAACUUCCAUAGGCGUACAAUUGAACAGCAAACCAAAAGACACGUAACUCCUCUGUGAGAUGGAGUUGGAAGCUACAUAACUUGUGUGAUCAGAGCGUAUUCUAGGUAGCCACCAUCCUAAACUGUGUUUCCCUAUUAUGUCUCUGUAGAGACUGAAAAUUAAAUUAAAGCAGUACUGUAGUAUGAAUGUAUUUAUCUCAGUCAACAGAACUUAAAUGAAGAUUAUUUCAAUGCUAAUUUGGCUUAGUUAGCAGAUCUGUUCAGGUGAGACCAAGAACAAAAACACCUGGUAGAUGUAGAGGUAGAGAUGUACAUCUGAAGAAGGAAGCAUUUUCCAAAAACGCGUGGAUGGUAAUGCUGAGGUGGCAGCUGUCCUCAGUUCCAUGCACCUAAUAGGAAGGACAUAUUUUCUGCCUGGGAGCUCCUAGCUGCAUUCAGCCCACCUUCCUGCCUGCUUGCUCUUCCUCCAAGUGCCUCAGCCUCUACUCUCCUCCCUUCCCUCAGCCUCCACUCACUUUCCUCACCUUUCUAUCUUGGCCUAUCUUGGUCUGACUGCCUUUCACAAUCCAAACCAAACUCACCAGCCACCUGCUGAUAGUCACCAGCACUUUUCUGGGUCACUUCUCUUCUGUUCAUUAAAAAUAUGGCUUGGUCCCAACUUCUUCUAAAUCCCUAAACCACCCACCUAUUUUGGAUGACUUUUAACCUAGACACCCUACCAGAUGUUAUGCAGCAUCAAGUGUAAUCUUGUCCACCCAUACUGUUUCUUCUUUUUCCCAGCUGCCAAAAUAUCUUGCUCUCCUCUACCUCAUCCCCAAAGAGCCUAUAAACUCAGAGUAUCCAACCUUUUCAUGGGUUCACUGUCUGUUGUUCAAUAAUACUACUUCCAUAUUUUAAAUAAAUCAUAAAAGAUUUUUUGCCUUCUAUCAAAGUAGGAAUCUUUAUAUUUAUACAUGAUACAGAAAUUGAGCUAUUUCUAUCAUGCAGAAUUUAACAUUUAGCAGAAUUUUAAAGUGAUUGAAUUGCCAUCCUUACUUGGAUCUGUAUUAGAUAAUGAAUACUAGUGUUACUCUAAGUUAUUUGAAUGUAAAGUUAAACUUGUCCAGUAAUCCAGACUGACCUGUAAACCUUUAAGUGGGAUAGAAAAUUUCUGGCAUACAAAUGGGGUGGUAUUUCAGACAUUUGUUUUAUUGGUGUUUGGGCCUUGAAAUGCAUUUCUCAUAGAAGGACAUAUAAGAAAGGUACUGAAUAACCGAAACCCAUUUAGUUUAUAAUGCAGAUAUAGCACCACAAAACUGGGUCCAUAAGAGUUUGAUCAGGCUCCUUGGUUAGACUAAGCUUUUCACCCCCAUCCCUGCCCUGUUCUUGAGAAAACAGAUGUUCUGUGGGAGGCAAAGGGGAUGCCUUAACUUUGUUGUCUUUACUGCCCUCGUUGCCCUUGAGGUAGUGUCAUUAGGAAGAAGAAAUGCACAGAGGAAGAACAUGAAACUUCUUCCUUCCCAGCCAAUUUGCACUGGGUAUUGUUUGCAGCUGUAAACUGUGUCAGGUUUCUAACAUGGGCCCUGUUUACAUAUAAGUGGUUAUCUGACUGGAAGAUGGAUCACCCUGUUAGAAAGUAAAGAUCGUUGUGAUCUCUGGUGGUAUUUGGGUGUUUUCCAUCUUUGUCAUGAGCAGCCAAACCUGACCAUGUCUAAUAAACGCCUUCAAGGGUCCAAGAGUGAACCAAUGGCCUAGCUAAGAAUUAAGACUUAGAGACAAAGAUUUAUUAAAUCAUAUAUCAUGGCUUUAACCUAAUUAUGACUGCACCACUAUGAAAUACAUAGUUGAAAAUGAAAAGGUAAAGGGUAAAAAAAGAGUAUCUGGUAUUUUUGAAUGCUUGUGGAAAUGCUUGAAGCAACUCAGUGCAUACCAUGAAACAGCCUGUAGAACAAACACCCAUUUUAGAUUUCAUAGGACAUCAGACAUUAUUCUGUCUAAAUAAGAUAGAUAUAAUUUUUGGUAUGUAAAAUUUUGCUACAGCAGUCUAUUUUCUGGCACCACUAAAGUUAACCUCUUUAAGAUGAAUGUAUAAUUUCUACAGAAAGGAUAUUAAAGAGGGAGAGAAUCUGCAGUCUGCAAUGUUAAAAUAGUAUCCACAGAUCUCAUGUAAUUAGUUACAUAUAUACAUUAUGAUUUAGAAUAAAACUAAUUCCACAUUUCUUUAUUAAAUUAAUCAGCCUUCACAAAUUUUCAUCUGGCUCUCCCAAGUCUGAUAAGAUCAAAAGGGAGGAUGAAGGAAGUUUAUCAGUUGGGUGGCCAAAAAUUUUCCUUCAUAAAGUUGAGACUAUUUUCUCCUUUCUGAAUUUCUCUGUUCUCUAAAAUAAAAAGUUGAGUUAAAUGGUACCCUUGUUCACCAAGGAAAGUGAUCUUUUCAAACUCUGUUUCUAGUGCAGAUAUUUCCUUUGCAUCAUGCCUUCUCUGGGAAGAAGAUACAACUUUCCCCUUCCUCUUUCUCUUCCUUUAUUCUUCUAACUCAAAGUAAGAUAGACAUUGCAAGCAAACCAUGGGCCAUUCUGGCAUCUUCUCAACACUGAUCAAGUAGGCACAUGCACAGAAUGAUCAUGGUAAUCAAGUGCCCCGUCAGGUCACCUUCCACAAUGGCCUUGUCACUUGGAUUAGCUCCUUCAAACCUGAAAAUAACUUUCCUGGUCUUGGAAGAACUGGAUGUAUCCUUUAACUUAAGAAAUAAAAUUUGAACUUGAAAACUUUAAUCCUGAUUUUGCAGGCAGCUACAUCAUGAAUGUAUAUAUUAAGACUUUGUAGCUGAAUUGCACAUUAAAUCACAUUGCCAACUUUGUGACUUUCAAUUUUAGACAUCAUUUUAUCCUUAAGUUGUGAGCAAUGUAUGUAGCAUGCUGUGAAAUGUCUGUUGUAGCUCUUUAAUUCAUCAGUAUUAAUACAGAAUUAUCUUUGUGUUCCUUGGUACUUUUUAUUCAGUGUAAUCAGAAGCUGUGAUGUUCUGCCUUUGUAGUCCUGUGCUUUGUUACUGUAUUUUUUAUUUUACGAAGCACGUGACUUAGGACUAAUGUAAGGCGGAUGACGUGAUCUUUAAGACUGCUAUAUGUAUAUAUAUAUAUAUAUGUAUGUAUAUAUAUAUAUAUAUGUAUGUAUAUAUAUAUAUCAAUCUCUUACUCUAUAAGGUUUUAAAUUAGAAUAAGCUUUUAUCAGAUAGAACAUUGAUGCAAUUUAGGAUUCAUACAAGUUUCAUUGUCAGAUGGCAGUCUUAUAUUUAUAGUUUCAAUUCUGCAAAUAGCAAACUUAAUAAACAGCCACUUUGAACUUGUUCUGGCAAACCAGACCCUCUGUAGAUAUAGUCAAGGUAGUUGACCACAUAAGCCUUUCCAGCUCUCAGAACCCUCCUCAUGUGUCCACAGUUAAGGAGGCCAUAGGACCAUGAAAGCUUUUGUAUGUAUAACUAGGUUUUAUUUUUCUUAGGUUGCUGACUUUACAGUUCUGACUAAAGCUGAUCCAAAUGGAUUGGCUUAUGUGUAAUAUUCUAGUUGUUUAAUUCCUCUUUUUUGUUGUGUUGUUGGGGUUUUUUUUGUUUGUUUUGUUUUUCUUUUUUUUUUUGAAGGGAUGGGUAAUAUUAUUUGAACAGAUGCAGAAGGAACUGUUAAUAAAUUGAAACAAACACAUUUAAAAUAAAGGAACUGUAUUAACAUGUUAACAACAAUUCAUAACUGCACUUUUUAUGACAUUUUGAAAAUCUAUUUAUAGGUACAGAACAAUGGGUUUUGUUAAACUGUAUCACAUUUAUACUUGCAGAAA